AUGGCAGGAGAAUCUUUUGAAUGGUGGAGGCGGACCAUGCAGUACCAGACUGGUCUGGGGCUUACUGCUGACGAGAAGGCAAGGUAUGAGAAGGACUAUGCUGUAUACAACCGAGAGAAGCAGUGUAAGAGCUGCUACGAGUAUCGGGACUGGAUGCUGAAAUAUUCACCGACAGUGAGGUUUAUGAUCCAGCAAAUCUCUAAACUGAAUGGGAAUGCCAGCGAUGGCAAAGUGCUUAACUUUGACGAGUCUAAGAUUAUAUGUGAUGAGUGCCCGGACUGGAAAAGCGGUGGGUUCCACCCAGAGAUCGGUAUUUUACUGUGUCAGAACAGAUUGAAGGAUAAAUGGCAUCUAGAGGACACAUUAUCACACGAACUUGUACACUAUUUUGAUAACUUAAAGUGGCAGAUUGACUGGUUGAAUCUGAAACAACAUGCUUGCUCGGAGAUCAGAGCAUCGGCUUUGAGCGGUGAAUGUAGGUUUUCUAGAGAGUUUGCCCGGUUGGGCUUCUCGAUGAAUUUUGGUAGAGGUCAUCAGGAUUGUGCCAAGAGAAGAGCCAUUAUCAGUGUAAUGGGGAACCCUAACUGCAAGGACAAAGAACACGCUACAAAAGUAGUGGAAGAAGUAUGGGAUAGUUGUUUCUAUGAUACUCGACCAUUCGAGGAGAUAUACAGGUGA